AGCAUGGAGUCACUGACAGAAACGCCAUGGGAUGUAACAAUCUCUGGCACUGGGCUAGCCCAGUCGCUUCUUGCGCUGGGCCUUUCCAGGUCAGGUAAGAAAGUACUCCAUGUUGACAAGAACCCAUACUAUGGGGGCUCAGAGGCUGCAUUCAGUCUUCGGGAAGCCGAAGAAUGGGCAGCUACAGUAAAUAAACGUGAGUUAUACCGUCAUGCAACAGUCUACUCUCCUGAGGAUUCUUCUGAGGCUGAUGCGAGGCUGUCAUCACCUCGAGCGUACACACUUGCCCUAUCUCCCCAUUUGAUUUAUUCUCGCUCCCAGCUACUACCCACAUUGGUUUCGUCCAAGGUCUACCGGCAGUUGGAGUUUCAGGCCGUUGGAAGCUGGUGGAUACACAAACCCUCUGGGAAUGCUGAUGACAAUGCAUCAAGUCUCUAUCGUGUGCCUGGCAGCCGCGAAGAUGUUUUCGCAGAUGACGUGAUCACUCUCAAAUCCAAGCGGACUUUGAUGAAAUUCCUCCGUCACAUUGGGAAACCUCAACAGGAUGAAGAGGCGACGCCAGAAGAAAGCGAGGACUUGUCCAUGCCCUUCUCGGAUUACUUGACGUCCAAGUUCCAGGUGCCUGCUGAGCUUCACAACCCACUCCUGUCCCUUUCCUUGUCCCAAAAUUCACCCCAGCAGACACCAGCCGAGUAUGCGGUUCUCCGUGUCAAAAGGCAUCUGGCAUCUAUUGGCGUUUUUGGGCCUGGGUUUGGAAGCCUGAUUCCCAAGUGGGGUGGUGGUUCUGAGAUCGCUCAGGUAGGCUGCCGUGCCCUUGCAGUCGGGGGUGGUGUGUACGUCUUGGAUUCGAGUAUUCAAUCCAUCACGGAUCUACCCGGGGCUGAUAGCGAUGAGGAUGCCCGCAUGCAGGCACAGCUAUCGAUCGGCGAGUCGAUCCGAACCAAGUUCCUAGUCGGUUCAAAGUGGGAUCUUCCGGCAGAGGUUUUGGGUGCCCAACCUAGCUAUGAAAAGGUGGCUCGAUCUAUCACGGUCGUGUCGUCUCCUUUGGGAUCCCUCUUCCCUGUCACAGCAGAAGGAGGGCCAAUUCCUGCUGGGGCUGUCGUUGUCUUCCCCGGAACCUCCCUGGGCGAGGCUGAUGAUUCGCCAGUGUACCUUCUCGUUCACUCCAGCGAUACCGGGGAAUGCCCAACUGGACAAAGUGUCAUCUACGGCAGUGUUAAUGUGUCCGGUCCUCAAGGACAGUCCCUCUUAGAGACUGCUGUGCAGAAACUUCUACAGUCGACGGUUGGUCUUGAUGCUAAGGUCCUAUGGUCUUUACGAUACACACAGCUUGGACGUCGCGAUGAUGCUAGCAAUAUCGCGGAAGCCAUCAGGACGAGCUCGGCUCCAGACAAAGUCAUUUGCUUCCCGCCACCCAGUCUCGAUCUUGCCUUUGACGAUGCAUUGAUUGACAUGGUCAAAGAGGCAUGGACGAUGAUCAUGGGAGCGGAGGCAGCUCAGCAUGAGUUUAUGACAUUUGAGGACCGAGAGAACCAUGAUGAGGAAUGA